CGCAGAGAGAGACUGCUCAGAGCAGACGCUGGGUCAGAGCGCUCAGUUUGCUUCAGACAAUCACAGGGCAGAGAGAGACGGGUGCACAGGAAAAAGAGGUAGAACACCACACAGAGAGAUAGACUGUAGAGAGGGAGGGAGAGACAGAGGGGGAGGUAAAUAUGUGACAGGAUGUGGUUUCCCUGAGCUUGCACAACAUAUUUUGAGCAUGACCUAAAGGCACCCAGUGUACAAGUGUGUUUGAGCUCCGUUAGGUGCUGAAGAGGGGGAAGACGAAGCCAACCGCUGGAGCUGUUGUUUCUGCUUUCUGCUUGUUUCUGAGACGGAGGAUUGUGUUUUCCUUUCAUAGUACCAGCUCCUCUGCUGCCUCCAUCAGCUUGUUUGACAAGAUCAGAAGUACUCUUUUCUCUCACACCUCUAAAGUAGAAUGAAAUAUUCUGAAGGGAGCUUUGGAUUUGUCUCAAAGCAGUGAACUUCUCAACCAGAUUGUGAAACAGCAUCUGCAUAGGACUGACAAACUGUGGAGUCAUGGGCUGCGGGCUACGCAAGAUGAAACCGGCAUCAGAAGAGAACAGUCCGGGAAAGAUCUACUCGACUCUGAAGAGACCUCAAGUGGAGACCAAGGUGGGCGUGGCCUACACAUACCGCUACCUGGACUUCUUGAUUGGCAAAGACGGUGGGACCUCAACGCUGCGUCUCUCAUCGGUACGGGAGUUGCCUGAUCAGCUCCAGGAGCUUUACCAGCAGGGUUUUGUGUUGGCAGCCUUUCAUCCGUUUAUCCAUCCCUGUGGUCCAGAGUCCAACAGCCCGCAGCACCAGCUCUACCGGGCAAUACUUGUCCGAAUCAAUGACGGGGUGGAAAGGAGCCAACCAGUCUGCCCAGCGAACAAGCUACUGCUGGAAGAGUGCCUGACUGCUGAGCAGAUGCCCACCCCCGAGCUCAUCCAGGGCUACGUCAAGAAGCAGAUGCAGGACUCCGCUGACCAGGGGGUGAUGUUUGUGGGUUUUGUCCAGGAACCAUAUGGAGCACCGUGCAGUCGAAUCAGAGAACCAGAAACCCCUUCCCUGUCUCUCCACUCCAGCCCCAGUUCUGUCCUUGGCUCCCUGGGUAGUUGCAGCCCCUUGAACCCCUCAAGCCCUAGAAACCAGGCAGAACAUGAAGCAAAGAGUGACAGUAUGGACAAAGAGGGGAACAUGAAAGCAUCCGGACUGGAUGGGGAGAAAAAUCAAAACGAGAUCAACAAUGAACAUCACUGGGGAUCUGGUGUAGGGAGCAGUAGGGAUGGCAUCUCACCAGCAGCAUCUCCAUUAUCAGUAGGAGACCUGGAGAACAGCGAGGAGCUGACCGAGGAGGACUCGUUGUACCACAAUAACAACAAGGACAUCAUCAGAGACAUAAAGGACAAGGGUCGAUAUCGGAGAGGUGAUGGAGUGGACCUGCUGGCUUUGUACAACAACCCACCAGUCCGAGAGGGCCAAGUAAGAUACUACACUGUCAAAGUGCCUCUGCGAGUUCAAAGCUACGAAGAAGGCAUCAAAGGUGUGGAGGCCAACUGGCUGGAUCACAUGACCCAACAUUUUAACAACGGAGCCUCGCUGAUUGACGGAUAUUUCCACCUGGGGAAUGCGAACGAUUUGCUGCCUAAGACAGUGGAAAGUGUUUUCAUUUUCCAAGAGGCGAGUGGGGGUGAGCCAAACACUGCUGUGGCAACAUAUGAUGCCAUUGUAGUGGAACAGUGGACCAUCAUUGAUGGUUUACAGGUGAAGACUGAUUACGUUCCUCUACUUCAGUCCCUGGCCACAUAUGGAUGGAGACUCACCUGCGUGCUGCCGACUCCUGUAAUAAGGACUAACAGUGACGGAAGUUUGUCCACCAAACAGAUUGUUUUCCUGCAGAGACCAGUCAUGAGCCGGAAGAAGAGGGAAUCUAAGAAACUAAUCUUCAAGGCCCGAAGCAAGCCCAACAAGAACUGCAUCAAAGAUGUGGCAAAGAACAAAAAGAAAAAUACAAUGAUUGAGAAGGAAUCUGAAGAUCUCAAGAUUGCUGAUGACAAAGAAAAAGCUGAGAAGGAAGAGGAUAAAACUGUGAGUGAAAGCACAAAUGCUGCACAGGUAGAAGCUGCAGGUGAAUUCAAGAAAGACAGGAAGAUAAGGUGUGAGGAAGAUAAAGAGGUUGAUGCAGGGAUGGUAAUCAGCGUCGAGAAGGUCAUAAAGAAAGAUGGACUAGACAAAAGUGAAGACAAAGGAGAAGAAAACUGCUCUGCAGAAAGAGAAAAGAAAGAUCCAGAUGUAGAGGGAUCCAAAAAAAUCGCAGAGUCUUUGGGAAAGGAGGAGGUUGAGAAGGUCGCUGAAACAGUUGUGACUGUUGAGACACAAAGUGAUACCAAAGAAAAGGAGCUUGAGGGCACUUCGAAAGUUGAAUGUGUGAUGGAAAAUGGGAUAGAGACAGAUGAAAAGAGAGAUUAUGCUGGGGAGAAUACAAUCAAAACUGAAGAACCGGUGGAGGUUGUCGCCAAGGAGACUGUGGCAGAUCCAACAACCACACACCCAAAUCCAGAGGAGGCUCAGGAGUAGCACCAUGCAGUUUAAGUCGAGCUUUUUCCCCACCCUACCUCUUAAAUUCCCAAUCUCAAAAACUGGUUUGUGAUCUUAUCCUGAAUCCAAAUUAAAGGGGAGAUAUCUUCCCAUUGCUGUGACAUCCUCCAAACCCCCAUAUGAUCCCCAAAAACCUGCAACAGUGUAGCUAUGAAUGAAGAUCAUGACAUCAGUCCUACUGUAUAACCAUGUAUACUGAAUGUAUUUAACAAAGGGGGAGGCUUCUGUAGGUAAGCCAAUGUGGAGCUACUGGAAACACUGGAUGGAGAUAGGCAGAGGACUCACAGAGAAUCAGAGAGAAAGCAGUAAGGAGAAAAAAACUCAAAAAGACUUGGUCACGACUCCAGUAAGUGUGGCAGUUAAACCACAGCUGUUUUGUAAUGUUCACUCGUUUACUCACUCACCAUACACUCACAUUAGUGUUCACUGACAUCUUUGGAUGAAGCUGCAAAUUUACAGGUCCUUCUCAAAAUAUUAGCAUAUUGUGAUAAAGUUCAUUAUUUUCCAUAAUGUAAUGAUGAAAAUUUAACAUUCAUAUAUUUUAGA